AUGUCCAGUCGAUAUUCCCGAGGAGCACAUUCGAAUAUUUCUUCACGAAGUAAUUCGCGUGCUUCUAGUCGCUCAUUUCUGCCUACAGCUGCACAGCGAUCAAAUGUUCACAAUACAAACUCUUCUGGAACAGUUCGCCGAAGAGAAGCCGCUGAUUCAGAAGCGUACAGAUCGGCUAGUGAUUCAGCAGACCUAGAAGACUGCAUCAAUGUCAUUAUUCGCGUGCGUGGUAGAAAUGAAAAGGAAGUGAAAGAAAACUGCGGCAUUUCCGUAUCUACUUUUGGUGCAUUGGGUACGGAAAUUGCCAUCCAGUCAGACUCCAGUUCUGUACUCUCCGCAAAAACAUACACUUUCGAUCGGGUUUUCGGCCCAGAGGCCGACCAAAUACUCGUGUUCGAAGACUCUGUGUCUCCUGUGCUCAAUCAAGUACUUUCUGGCUUCAAUUGUACCAUAUUUGCCUACGGCCAGACAGGCACAGGCAAGACCUAUACCAUGACUGGUGACUUAAAUGACUCCUACGGAAUGCUUCCCGAUGGGGCAGGAAUGAUUCCCCGAACACUUUACAUGCUCUUUUCCAAAUUAGAAACGGACUUUACUGAGUUUUCAGUAAAGUGCUCCUUUUACGAACUUUACAAUGAAGAAAUCCGGGAUCUGUUAGUUACAGAAGACUCCCGGAAGCCCGCACGAGUUUUUGAAGACAUAUCACGAAAGGGAAAUGUCGUUAUCACUGGCAUGGAGGAGUGUUACAUCAAAGAUGCUGCUGACGGCGUCCGGUUACUUCGCGAAGGAUCACAUCGCCGUCAAGUGGCUGCUACUCGCUGUAACGACUUGUCGUCGAGAAGUCAUUCCAUAUUUACCAUUACUGUCCAUGCACGUCCCAAAAGAGCAGACCCACACGAUGACACAUUUCGUUUGGGUAAAUUGCACAUGGUUGAUCUCGCUGGUAGCGAAAACAUUGGCCGAUCCGGUGCCGAAAAUAAAAGAGCUCGGGAAACUGGAAUGAUUAACCAGUCCUUAUUGACUCUUGGUCGUGUUAUUAAUGCCCUCGUAGAAAAGUCUCAGCACAUUCCUUACCGUGAGUCUAAACUUACUAGACUUCUUCAAGAUUCGUUAGGCGGAAAAACAAAAACAUCUAUGAUUGUUACUGUUUCCCCGGCAAGUUCUAAUCUUGAGGAGACACUUUCCACACUUGAAUAUGCGAAUCGUGCAAGAAGUAUCCGCAAUCGACCACAAAACAACCAACUAAUAUUACGGAAAAUCUUGAUCAAAGAUCUUGUUAUUGACAUUGAACGGUUGAAGGCCGAUUUGACUGCUACACGACAGAAAAACGGCGUUUACUUAACUACACAAACGUACAAAGAGUUAACAGAUGAUGUGGAAAGUAAAAAACUACUAUGUCAAGAGCAGACAAGAAAGAUCGAGUAUUUAGAAACGAAUCUGAAACAUUCAAAGGAACAACUUCAGACUGCUUUCAAAAAUGCUCAAGACUUGAAGAAGCAGCUUGAACAAAAUAGUCAGACAAUUCAGGACAAAUCUGAUGCCUUGGAAGCAGCGAAUACAAAAAUAGCACUCUUGGAAGCACGUUUGGCUGAUGAAGUGCACCUUCGUGAAGCUUAUGCUCAGACUGAAAUCCAUAAUGGUGAAACAGCUGAACAAUUUUCGAAAAGUUAUCACGACUCUAAACAGCAUAUCUCCGCAUUGCAUGAUAAACUUGCGCGCUCUGAACAAGCAGGGCAGGAAAACCAACACAUAUUUCGCAACCUCCAGUACAAGGUUCUCACAAUGGUGCGAGGGUUUCAAGGAAAGUUCUGCGACUCUACAAGUAAUUAUUUCUCACUGCUAAACAAUCUGAAUACGUCCAUGGAAGAGCUACUAAACAAUCAUACAGGAGUCGUGAAACAAACAAACGAUAUUUAUACUUCACACAUGUCCCAUUUAGACAGUUCUAUCAAAGAGCUUUUGACCACUAUCGAAUCCAACAGUGGCGACCAACUUUCACUCGCCGAAAACGUUCAAAAAUCCCGAGAAGCAAUUAAUCAGCAACUUAGCAUGGGUCUCCAGGAAAUCGAUAUGGCUUCUCAAAAAAUCAGCAACGACAUUUCCUCUAACCUACUAGAACUGAAGCAGGGAAUAAACGGGUCGUUUGGAAUUCUUAAUCAGGAGUUAAAAUCCCUAUUUGAAGAAUUAGACCAGUACUUGGAGCAACAAGCGGUAAAACUGAAAAACGUUCGUGAUAAUACAGUCACACAAUUAGAGAAGGAACUGAGUGUUGUCUCUGCAAAGUACAUUGAACUGCGUGAUUUCAUGGAACAAAACACAUCUAUUCUUGAUGUCGAGAAGAAUAAGAUGAUGGAGAGUGUUAAUACGCUCAUCUCUCAAAUGUUUACAGAACAGCAAACUCGUUUGCAAAGAGGAAACGAUCUUCUGAACGAUUGCUGCAGUAAUAUGUUUGGAAAAUUGGAAACGAUUGGCAAACAUAUUUCUUCAGAGUUGGACUCUGCAAUCGCACAAAAAGACGAGAUGGGUGGUAAUGUUUCAUCAACAAAAGAGACUUUAAAGAAGGUCAUACUGGACGCUUCAAGAACAGCAGAUGCAAAGAGCAAGACCAUUCAGUCUUCUUCUCACGCGGUCUAUGAUCAAUGUGUCUCGUUAGCCGCAAAGCAACAAAACAACAUGGCCCAGCAAAAUGAAGCUUUAGAUGCUAUGAUGAAAAGUGUACUUGAAAAGCAUAACAAUGUUUCUUCCGCAGUAUCUUCGCACUUGCAAACAUUGUUGCAAGAUGCACAGGUUUCACAUGCUCAAAUAUUGGAUCAUUUCAAGAAUUCUACGGGAGGUAUGUCGGCCAUAACCGAACUGCUAUCACAGAGCACUACACAAAUUGCCAACCAAACGAACACUCUUAUUGAUGACGGAGGAGAAGCACUCAACGAAAUUGAUCGGAUCGUUCGUGAUGCUGCUCUUACUAAAAGUGCAAGCACAGGUCAAACACCGCAAAACAAAUAUAUCCUGACACGCCAACAUGGACACGCACAAUUAAAAACGUUGAUUCUCAGCUACCAAUGCCUCGGAAGACAUUGCAAAGUCGUCUUACGAACGUUCAAAAUGACGCCGAUGUUGAAAUGA